AUGGAUCCUUUCCAUUCGAUUAUACCCGAACCUAUCGGCAAAGAAGAAAUCUUGCCUGAAGACGCAAAGGUGUGAAAAAUGUUUCCAAAGUGUCGCGAAAUAUCAUUUUCUAGAUACGCGAGAUACCCAAAAAAGGAGAAAAAGAAGAGAACGUGAGCACGAGGACUUCCAGUAACUGCAACAACGUUGAAAAACGUUGCAGUAAUGAAAAGGCAUUGCCAGAAUUUCUUUUCUGAGAUUCAAAUAUUUUUUCAGAGUGCCGUUUCUUCUGAAAAGGCCGAGAGCGCGAUGCACGCAAUGGGACAAGACAUAGAAGGAAAGUAA